CCCCAACCACAAUGACCACCUCUCUCGACCAGCUCAAGCAGACCGGCACCGUCGUCGUCUCCGACUCGGGCGAUUUCGAAUCUAUCGAUAUUUACAAGCCCCAGGAUGCCACGACCAACCCCUCGUUGAUCUUGCAAGCAGCCAACAAGCCGCAGUACGCUCGUGUUAUCAACGCUGCCGUUGAGUACGGUCGCUCAAAGGGCAAGACUGUUGAUGAGCAGGCCAAUGCUGCUAUGGAUCGCCUUCUCGUCGAAUUCGGCAAGGAGAUCUUGAACAUCAUUCCCGGACGUGUUUCGACUGAAGUCGAUGCUCGCCUUUCCUUCGACAAGGAGGGCACCAAGGCCAAGGCCAAGGAGCUCAUCGCCUUGUACGAGUCUGUUGGUAUCAGCAAGGACCGUGUCCUCAUCAAGAUCGCCUCCACCUGGGAGGGUAUCCAGGCUGCCCGCGAACUCGAGCGAGACGAUGGUAUCCACUGCAACUUGACCCUCCUCUUCGGUUUCGGACAGGCCGUUGCCUGUGCUGAGGCCGGUGUUACCCUGAUCUCGCCCUUCGUCGGCCGAAUUCUUGACUGGUACAAGAAGACCACCGGCAAGAACUACGAGGGUGACGAUGACCCAGGUGUCAAGUCCGUGAAGCGCAUCUUCAACUACUACAAGCAACACGGCUACAAGACCAUCGUCAUGGGCGCCUCUUUCCGAAACACUGGAGAGAUCAAGGCUCUCGCUGGUGUUGACUUCCUCACCAUCUCACCUGCUCUGCUCGAAGAGCUCAAGAACUCGACUGACCCCGUUCCCAAGAAGCUCGAUGCCAACUUUGCCGCCAAGGACGAGCCCAUCCCUAAGGUCUCCUACAUUGACAACGAGCCCGAGUUCCGAUGGGCGCUUCUCGAGGAUCAGAUGGCCUUUGACAAGUUGCACGAGGGUAUCAAGAAGUUUGCUGAGGACGGUGAGACUCUCAAGAAGCUCUUGAGGGAGAAGCUCUCCGCCUAAAUGGUUAUGAGCGCAUCUAAAUUGAAGUUUAUUGUGUAUCAAUAGUCCAAUUGUAUUUUUGUUCAUGGUUUUCA